AGAAGACAUUUACGCAAGGUGGUAGUUUGAAGAGACAUUUACGAACUCAUACAGGAGAGAAACCAUUUUCAUGUGAUAUUUGCAAACAAAGAUUUAGCCAAAAAACUAGUCUAAAAAAACAUUUUCGCAUUCAUACUGGAAUUAUUUAUUUAGUGCAUUUAUAUUUAUACAUAUUAAAAACAUGGGAACACAACAAUUUUAUCUCAAAUGGAAUAGUCAUCAAUCAAAUAUGAUAACUGUUCUUGACCAAUUGCUUUCAAAUGAAGCUUUUGUGGAUGUGACGUUAGCUUGUGAAGGUUUGAGUCUAAAAGCUCAUAAAAUUAUCCUUUCAGCGUGUAGUCCAUUUUUCAGGAAUUUGUUUUUAGAAAAUCCAUGUAAACAUCCAAUUGUUAUCUUAAAAGAUGUAAAAUAUACAGAGCUAAAAGCUGUUGUGGAUUUUAUAUAUAAAGGAGAAAUCAGUAUUUCUCAUGAUCAACUAUCUGGACUUCUUAAAACAGCAGAAGUGCUUAAUAUUAAAGGAUUGGUGGAGGUUGCAGAUGAAAGUAGAAACAGUGGAUCUAGGAGAUCAAAGAAAGAUUGCACAAAACAGCCAUUAAUAAAUGUUUCACAGUCUAUUUUGUCUCCUACAGAAAAAUCUUGUCAAAGUGUGCCAUUAAGUAAAAAGAAAAGAAGUAAACUAAAAAGAAGAUCCUCAAGUGACUCCAAUUCCAGUGAUAAUGAAGAAAUACCAUCAAAACUUAAAGAACCAGAUUCUCCUGAAAUAAUUGAGGAGAUAUUGCCUGAAUCGACAAAUGAUUCUCAUAAACAGCUUACAAUGCCUAGUCAGUCAGAUUAUCAGUCCUGUGAAAUGAAUGAUGAUGGUUCAAGGGAUGCACAUUCCUCACUUCAACCUUCAGCAUUGCAACAAAAUGAAUAUAUGAAUGUUGAAGAACCUUCCUUGGAUUAUGAAAGAAAUUAUGUUGAAUCUUCAAACCUUUUGGAACAAAUAAUGGUGACAGAAGAUAAACCUAUAUACCCUGAAAGCACUUCUCAAGACCAAAUAGAAUCUUCAGCAACUGCAUCAGCUAUUCCAUCAACAAGUGGAUUAACAGAUAAUCAUUCAGUUCAUACAGGUCCUGCCUCAAAUGAAAGUGAAAUUUUAGCCUCAUGUUCUACUGCAUCUGAAGCAUCCACAUCAAAUUGUCUUUCUGAAGAUGUUCCAGAUAUCAAACCAAUAAUGACGUUUGAUGAUCCACCAGGAUCUCCUGAAUCUAAUAUAAUUCAUAAAGAUAGCAGCAUGUACAUAGAUACUUUGGGUGUAUCUUCACUACCUGGACCAAGUAGUUUUCAAACUGAAAGAGAGAUUUCUGAAUCAGCAGAUCAGCAAAAUUUAUUAAAAAUGGCCAAUUCAAGAAUAUUGAGUCAAAGAGACAAGGAAAAAUAUGCUUGGAAUGGAUAUCUUUAUAUUAAAGACAAGAUUAAUAAGGAAGGUUCGAUUCAAUUUUGGCGAUGUGAAAAUAAAAACAAAGGAUGCAAAGCUAGAAUCUGGACAAGUGUCAGUAAAGGGUCGUUAAUUUGUGAAAAAAAGGAACACUCGUGUAGCAGUUACGGAAAUGCGGACAGAGUAAUAACGCGAAAAUUUAGUAAAGCAACCAAAAAAUUAGCGGAUACUAUAAUGAACAAUCCUUCACAAAUCAGAACUCAAAUUAAAAUAGAAAAUGUUUAUUCUGUGGCGGAAGGAAUGUUUCCAAAUCAUAACAGUCUGUGCAAAAUAUUCAAAGAAGAAGAUUGAAAAAAAUAAUAAAAUAGGACCCAAAUUACCUUGAUUCUAGGGAAGUAUUAAAUAUUCCUGUAGAAUACUAAAAAUAUGAAUUCAGUCCACAAUUUAAACCU